AUGGUGGCAAAACAACCUGGGCCAAACAAUGAAACAAAAGUGAGAGUUCUCACAAAUUUUCGACUACUCAACAAAGCUACUGUAGGUUUUUGUUAUCCAAUACUGUUUCAGAGUAACAUCUUAGGGAGCCUAGCCUUAGCACGUUACAUCAUGGUAGUGGACCUCCAAUCAGAAUUUUUUCGAGAGGAAAUACACAAUAAUGAUGUACAUAAGAUAGUAUUUUUGGGCAGAGACAGGCAUUACCAAUACAAAAGGAUGCCAAUGGGGUACAAGGACUCGCCAAACAUAUUUCUUAGGGCUAUCGCACCAGCACCCACAGGAUUACAAGGCCAUGAAAUAAAAGUGUACCUCGGCAACAUAAUGGUCUUUUCUCCUUACCUUGAUAAACAUGAGAGACGGUUCUUGAAACUGUUAAAAGUGCUGGCAGCUGCAAAUCUUGCGAUUUAA